GCAGUGAGCGGAGGAGGGGGGACUUGCUCAGCAGGGGGAGAGAAGAGCAGCACCGGGCCCUGAAAAUCACCCCAGAAAAAGUCUCUGCGGCACUCAGGAGGUCGGGCCCCUCUCAUUAACACGGAUGCCACAGUGAAGCCGUAUUUGCAUUAUAACGCCCAGGACGUUCUGCAGAAAUGAAUGAACCUAACCAAAAAGAUGCUGAUUGUGGAAUGGAAGAUACAGAAUUUAGUUGGGAAGAAUAUUUAGAGGAGACCGGAAGUACUGCAGCUCCUCACUGCUUCUUUAAACAUGUGGAUACCUCCUUAAAGAAUGGCUUGUCCCCAGGGAUGAAACUGGAGGUGCCCCUCAGGACAGACCCUCAGUCGUAUUGGGUUGCCAGUAUAAUCACCACAUGUGGGCAGCUGCUGCUCUUGCGGUAUGCUGGCUGCGGGGAGGACCGAUCUGCAGACUUCUGGUGCGACAUUGUGACCUCUGACCUCCACCCUAUUGGCUGGGCCCUACAGAACAAAAAGACCCUGAGACCUCCAGAUGGUAUAAGAGAGAAGCUGCAGAACUGGAAGGAAUUUUUGGACGAGACACUCACUGGAGCAUACUGUGCACCUGCUCAUCUCUUGGAGGGUCCUCACCGGGGAACAGACCCCCUGGACCUUUUUGAAGCUGAGUCCAGGAUGGAGUUGCAGGACUCCCAGGAUUUCCUGGGUUCCUGGCCAGUCAGGGUAUUAGACAACAUUGGAGGCAGACUCCAGCUGCAGUAUGAGGGGGCAGCAGAUUCACCAAGUGUGUGGUUGUUCUACCUUCACCCGCUCCUUCACCAGAUAGGCUGGGCAACUCAGCAGGGCUAUGCAAUGCGGCCCCCUGCAGCAAUAAGGCCCCUGAGGAGCGACGACAAGUGGCAAGAGAUCAUGACCAAAUGUGAAAAGGACCCUGCGAAAUGUGUACCUGCUGACUUUUUCCAGGAGCAACCACAUAUACCCUCUCAUUCCUUCACACUGGGCCUAAAGAUGGAAGUUGUGGAUCCAACUGACCAAUCUGCCAUUGUCCCAGCUACUGUCACUAAGGUCCUCAGUGAUAAGUUCUUCCUGCUAGAACUGGAUGACCUACGACCUGAGGAUUCCAAGACACACAAGUCCCUGGUUUGUCACAGAAACAGCCCAGGGAUCUUCCCUGCCCGCUGGAGUCAGACGAUGGGUCUGAGCGUGCGCCCCCCAGAAGGAUACUCAGCGCUGACUUUUGACUGGGAUAAAUAUAUAUCUCUAUGCGAUGCCCAAACUGCUCCAGAAAGUUGCUUCUCAGUGCCUCAGAAUGAGCAUGGCUUCCAGGUCAAUAUGAAACUAGAGGCGGUGAACCCCUCCAGACCCCAGGACAUACACGUAGCUACAGUGGCCAAAGUCGCAGGACCCUAUAUCUGGCUUCAGAUUGAAGGCACAAAGACUCUGGUCCCAGAAUUCAUUGUGCACGUGGAAUCCACAGACAUUUUCCCAAUGGGAUGGUGCGAGAGCAAUGGACACUCUCUCUGCGCCCCACCUCGGACAAAAGCAAAGCCACCCAAGAAGACGGUUGCAUCUCAACCGGAGAAGCAAAUCUCCUCAUCCACAAACACAAAUGGAAUGAACAAAGCAGAAGCUACAACAUGCAGCCUCACUCCCAAUGGAAAGUACCUCUGCCCCAAAAUAUACUUCAACCACCGCUGCUUCUCUGGGCCAUAUCUGAACAAGGGGAGGAUAGCGGAGCUUCCGAAAUCUGUGGGACCAGGCGGCUGUGUGCUGGUGUUAAAGGAGGUCCUGUCACUGCUCAUCAACGCUGCGUACAAGCCCAGUCGUGUACUACGGGAACUACAGUUGCAGGAGGAGCCAUUGUGGCCGCAACAUGCUGAGACUCUGAAAGCCAAGUAUAAAGGGAAGACAUACAGAGCCACUGUAGAGCUUGUGAGGACAUCAGACUGUGUAACAGAGUUUUGUAGGAAAACCUGCAUCAAACUGGAGUGCUGUCCCAACUUAUUCGGACCAGUGAUGGUGCUGGAUCAGUGUUCAGAAAACUGCUCAGUGCUCACCAAGACCAAAUACACUCAGUAUAAUGGAAGGCGGCGUGGGAGGAACUUAAGUAGCCCUACAGGGAUCCUGCGCAGCAUCGAAGCUGCCCUGAAAAAGCCAACGAGGAAGAGGAGGCGAAAGAAACACUUCUUUGUUCACAAGAAGAAACGCUCAUCCGCAUCUGUAGAUAACACUCCAAUAGGGAGCCCACAGGGGAGUGGUGAUGAAGAGGAGGAGGGAGAGGAAGACUCUCAUAGUGAGGAAAGUGUUCCAGACCACCAAGAGGGAUCAGAAUUUUCAGGGAAGGGUUCUGGUUCCACCUCUCCAACUCGGAGUGAACACUCACUGACGUCCGAGAAGAAAAGGAUGUUCUGGUCCUCAGACGGUGACAAACUUCUCAUGUCCAAGGACAUCCGAAUUGAGCUAAGCGAGCCACUGAAGCUGGGCAGCUGCCCCUUGGACUGGAGCGUAAGUGACGUUACUCAGUACAUCAAAUCCACUGACUGCGCUCACCUUGCCCGACACUUUCAGGAACAGGAGAUAGAUGGGAAGGCGCUGCUCCUGCUGACUCUGCCUGCUGUACAGGACUUCCUCGAACUCCAGCUUAGCACAGCGAUCAGACUAUGCUACCACAUUGAAAGGGUGAAGCUGGCAUUUUACCAGAGCCUCUCCAGCUGAGAAAUCUCUGGUACCCUGUGUGAUUGGCAGUAUGGCGUCCAGGCCGGGUGGGUCUACGCCAGCCUACAAGCCUUAAGUGAUUUGCACUUUUAUUGUAUUGUCAUCCUGUUUACAAGUCCUAACGAGCAUUUCCGUCCACUUCUUGGGAACGGUGUUGAGUAGGCCUGCGCAUUCGAACUAUUUGGAAACAAACGAAUGCCAAAUAUGGCGGCAACUUGCAGCAUUCGGCUAUUUUUUUUCUUGUUAAAGUACAACACACUAACAUCUGUGCAAAUACAGAACUUAGUGUGCUUGCUCUUUCACAAGAAGAAAUCUAGGUCUGAAAAUAGCUGAAUGCUGAUGGUGGCCACUAUAUUUGGCAUUUGUUUCCAAAUAGUACAAAUGCACAUGCCUAGUGUUGUAUGGAAACAUGUCUUUGCUACCUAAUUCAUUAUUACAUUUGUCAUUGGUUUGUUUGUUUUUUAACACAUACAUUUUACUAUAAUACUAAUAAAUAUUGACAUAGCCGACAUGCCCUCCCUUUAAUCACACAUUAAUCAUACAAUUCCUCCCCUAAUCAUUUGUCCAAAUCCCCCUCUAACUGCCCUAUAACCUCUCCUCAUGAUUUCCCCCUUUACCUUAUUUGUAUGACUCCUCACAUAACCGCCCCUUUACCUUAUCUUUACUACCCCUCAAAUAACUGCCCCUUUACCUUAUCUGAAUUACCCCUCAAAUAAUGGCCCCUUUACCUUAUCUGUAUUACCCCUCUCAUAGCCGCCCCUUUAACUUAUCUCUGUUAUCCAUCUCCUAACCGCCCCUUUACCUUAUCUUUAUUACCCCUCUCAUAACUGCUUCUUUACCUUCUCCUUAUUACCCCUCUCCUAACCGCCCCUUUACCUUAACUAUAUUACCCCUCUCAUAACAGCCCUUUUACUCUAUCUCUAUUACCCCUCUCAUAACCACUCCUUUAACUUAUCUCUAUUACCCCUCUCAUAACCGCCCCUUUAAUUUAUCUGUACUACCCCUCUCAUAACCACCCCUUUAACUUAUCUUUAUUACCCCUCUCAUAACCAACCCUUUAACUUAUCUAUAUUACCCCUCUCAUAACCGCCCCUUUACCUUAUCUGUAUUACCCCUCUCAUAACCCCGCCCCUUUACCUUAUAUCUAUUACCCCUCUCAUAACCACCACUUUAACUUAUAUCUAUUACCCCUCUCAUAACCCCCAUUUUACUUAUUUCUAUUACCCCUCUCAUAACUGCCCCUUUAAAUUAUCAUAAGUACCCCUCUCAUAACUGCCCCUUUACCAUAUCCCUAUUGCCCUUUCAUAACUGCCCCUACGUCCUCUCCCUUUAAGCGCUUUCAUAACUGCCCCUACAGCUUCUCUCUUACCCCAUUUAAAACUGAUCCUGUGUUUCAUAUGCUAUUGGUUCCUUUAUGCUCUCUCUAUAUCCUAUGUUUAGACUUUUUGUCAGAGUACCGACAUCAUUUUCUCACAUUCCCUAUAUUUUUUUCUUUAGAAAAUCCGAAUUUUUUUUUUUAUAUACUUAUUUUCACACAAAAGGAUGGAGAUAAAAUACCUAGACCCUCUUUGCACUCAAAAAUCAGAUGUCCAGGAGAAACAGUGGAAUUAAGCAGAUUUUGCAUUAUUUAUUUUGUUGGUCGAUUAAAAAAAAAAAAAAGACUAAACUUUCAACAGUCAAUUGUGAUAAUAUAAAUGUUUUAUUCUUUGUGAAUUUAUAACUGAGUUAAUCAACUCAAUUUUUCUCCAGUAAAUGUUUUGUUUAAUGUAAAUACAAUGUAUAAAAUAAAACAAAAAUAUAGUGCUUUGUUUGAUAACUGAAUCAUAAUGAAUUUUAUUUCUUUGCCCUUAUGGGUUUUUAAUAAAUUUGUAAUAUUUUAUA